GUAAAUUAAAAUACUGAAAAAAUAGGGAGAAGGUAGUGGUGGUUGGUGCAAGGGCGAUGGCGAUGGCGAUGGCGGUGGCGGUGACCACCACGAUCGCCUUCUCCCCGUCUCCAUUAAAAGCCCAUGGGACGGUCCUUCCUCACCUCGCUCUCGCCCACGGCAACCCUCACCUACUCCCCUCUUCCUCCUCUGUGAUCUGCUGAUCUUAUGGCUGGCGAAGCUGGGGAUGGCGUGGUGGUGCGGAACAAGCAGGUGCUGCUGAAGAACUUCAUGGUCGGAUCGGCUAAGGAGUCUGACAUGGAGUUGCGCGAGAGCACCAUCAGCCUCAAGCUUCCUCCCGGGACGGAAGGCGCCAUCUUGGUCAAGAAUCUCUACCUCUCGUGCGAUCCCUACAUGAGGGGGCGGAUGAGGGAGUACUACGAGUCCUAUAUCCCGCCUUUCCAGCCCGGGAAGCCCAUAGAAGGAUUUGGGGUGUCCAAAGUGAUUGAUUCCACAAACCAGAAAUUUGGUGUGGGUGAUUAUAUCACAGGUCUAACUGGCUGGGAAGAGUACAGUAUUAUUACAAGGACCGAGCAGCUGAGAAAAGUUGAAAGUCUUGACAUCCCUCUUUCAUAUCACGUCGGACUUCUUGGUAUGCCCGGUUUUACAGCUUAUGUCGGCUUCUAUGAGAUCUGUUCUCCAAAGAAAGGUGAUUGUGUCUUCAUAUCUGCUGCAUCUGGAGCAGUUGGCCAACUUGUUGGUCAGCUUGCCAAACUACAUGGUUGUUUUGUCGUUGGAAGUGCUGGGUCAGCCGAUAAGAUUGAACUUCUGAAGCACAAGCUAGGAUACGAUGAAGCAUUCAAUUACAAAGAGGAACCUGACCUGGUUGCAGCCCUCAAGAGGUACUUUCCCAAUGGCAUCGACAUCUACUUCGACAAUGUAGGUGGAGAGAUGCUCGAUGCAGCACUCGUCAACAUGAAAGUCCACGGACGAAUUGCUGUAUGCGGGAUGGUCUCUCAAAGUGCUGUCUCUUAUCCUAAGGGUAUCACCAACCUGUACAUGCUAGUGACCAAGCGCCUCACCAUGAAGGGCUUCAUCCAGAGUGACUACCUGCACUUGUUCCCUCAAUUCUUGGAAGCCAUAUCAAACUUGUACAAGCAAGGGAAGAUUGUUUAUAUAGAGGACAUGAACGAAGGGCUGGAGAAUGGCCCGGCGGCCUUUAUUGGACUGUUUUCUGGCAAGAAUAUUGGCAAGCAAGUAGUCCACGUCGCGGACGAGUAACUGAAUUUGAAGUCUAUGCGUUCCUCUCAUGUAAUGUCGAGUAAAAGAGUAUCGCACAAGAGGCAUAUUGAUUGUUCGCAUUCCUCUUGUAUCGUUUGAUUUUUGAUUAAGACAAUCUAUUUAUCAAAUAUGAAAAAUUGCUUC